AGCGAGCAAGAGCGAACGGCGGCGGUGGGGAGCACACCCGUGUUUGGGGUCUCAGCUGCGCUGCCAGGGGUCAGCGUGAGCCCACGGCCAUGGGGAGGAUGUGAGAGGGACCAUCGCUGCUGCGCGGCCAUGGGAGUCUGAGAGAGCUGGUCCUCGUUGUGCUGCCCACAGCCACCAUGGGCUGCUGCUGCAGCUCAGACUAUGAUGAGGACUGGAUUGAGAACAUUGACAUCUGCGAGCACUGCAACUACCCCAUUGACCCCGACAGCAAGCGCCAGCAGCUCAUCCGCAAUGGCUCUGAGGUGCGGGAUCCCCUGGUGUCCUACGAGGCCAUGUCUCCGCCGUGCUCCCCACUGCAAGACAAGCUCGUGGUGGCCCUAUAUGACUACGAACCCACCCAUGAUGGGGACCUGGGACUUAAGCAGGGGGAGAAGCUGCGUGUCCUGGAACAGAGCGGGGAGUGGUGGAAGGCACAGUCGCUCACCACGGGUCAGGAGGGUUUGAUCCCCCACAACUUCGUGGCCAUGGUGAACAGCCUGGAGCCAGAGCCGUGGUUCUUCAAGAACCUCAGCCGCAAGGAUGCGGAGCGGCAGCUGCUGGCAUCAGGCAACACACACGGCUCCUUCCUCAUCCGGGAGAGCGAGACCUCCAAAGGCUCCUACUCACUGUCAGUGAGGGACUUCGACCAGAACCAGGGUGAGACAGUGAAGCACUACAAGAUUCGCAACAUGGACAACGGGGGGUACUACAUCUCUCCCCGGGUCACCUUCAGCAGCCUGCACGAGCUGGUGGAGUAUUACUCGAGCAGCUCGGAUGGGCUGUGCACCCGCCUCGGCAAACCCUGCAGGACGCAGAAGCCGCAGAAGCCGUGGUGGCAGGAUGAGUGGGAGAUCCCACGGGAAUCUCUGAAACUUGUGAAGAAGCUUGGCAGUGGGCAGUUUGGAGAAGUCUGGAUGGGCUUCUACAAUGGCCACACCAAGGUAGCCAUCAAGAACCUGAAGCAGGGCAGCAUGUCCCCCAGCGCCUUCCUGGCAGAGGCCAACCUGAUGAAGAACCUGCAGCACCCGCGGCUGGUGCGGCUCUACGCCGUGGUGACCAAGGAGCCCAUCUACAUCAUCACAGAGUACAUGGAGAAGGGCAGCCUGGUGGAUUUCCUCAAGACCUCAGAGGGCAUCAAGCUCAGCAUCAACAAACUGCUGGACAUGGCUGCACAGAUUGCUGAAGGCAUGGCCUUCAUCGAAGCCAAGAACUACAUCCACCGUGACCUGCGGGCUGCCAACAUCCUCGUGUCGGAGGCUCUGUGCUGCAAAAUCGCUGACUUUGGGCUGGCGCGCCUCAUUGAGGACAACGAGUACACAGCACGGGAAGGGGCUAAAUUCCCCAUUAAGUGGACGGCACCGGAGGCCAUUAAUUACGGCACGUUCACCAUCAAGUCAGAUGUCUGGUCCUUCGGCAUCCUGCUCACCGAGAUCGUUACCUACGGCCGGAUCCCGUAUCCAGGGAUGACCAACCCCGAGGUGAUCCAGAACCUGGAGCGCGGUUACCGCAUGCCACAGCCCGACAACUGCCCGCGGGAGCUGUACGAACUGAUGCAGCAGUGCUGGAAGGAGCAGCCCGAGGAGCGGCCCACGUUCGAGUACAUGAAGAGUGUGCUGGAGGACUUCUUCACCGCCACCGAGGGGCAAUACCAGCAGCAGCCGUGAGGCCCCAUGUUGUGCUAUGGGCACGCUGGGACCACAGACCCCAUGAGCAGCACCCAGCAGUGCACACUGUGCGCAUCCAAAGAGCUUUGCCCCGAAUGGUGACAGAUAACUGCAGUGCCAUGACUGCUGUGCACUGUGGCUGUAUCACACUGUGCUAUGGAUGUCCCCCCUGCCUUGCUCCACAGCCCCCAGCAUGGGGCAGCCCCUUGUGUGCUGGGCUGCACCAGAGGCCAGGCCCCAGUUAGAACCCAUGGUGCCCCUCACAUGGAACCCACAGGCCUGAGGCCUAUGGGGCUGGGGUCGCUGCCAACCAGGCCUUGCCAGCCUCUCCUGCCCCCAUCGGGGUGAGCACAUGGACCCAGCACAGGCCGCAGCCCCACCAGGCCCAGGCCGCCAUGGGCUCCAGGCCCCGCUCCGUGCCCCCCCCGCACCCCAGGAAUGGUUCGUCCCCACCUGCUCCCCCCUCCCCUCGGAAUGGUUCCGCCCCGCCCACCUGGCCCCGCGCCCCGCGGUGGUGCAUCCCGCCGCGCAGCCGAACCUGCUGGUUCCGCCUCGCCGCCGCCUCGACUCCUCAUUGGUCGUUGAGCUGAAAGGGGUGGAACGCUGCUUUUCGAUUGGUCGCCUGGAAGCUGGGGGCGGGGCUGGUGGGAGCUCCGGCCGGUGGGGCGGGUUGCGUUGCGCUGCGCGGCGGUGGGGUCUGCGGCCGAGGGGAGACGGGAAGAUGGCGCUGACACAGGGGAGCAAACGGAAAGUGUGGGCUUAACUACUAUGAU